CCGGGCGAUGCGCGCUGCGGCGGCGGGCGCGGCCGGGUGAAGAAGCGGCGCCUUCUCCCUCUUCACCCUGCCCUUCCUCGCUCCCUCCCCGCGGCCAUGGGCGACUGCGGAGCCCCCGGGGACGUGAACUCCAACGUGCUGGUGGCGCGCAGCACCGGGGACGCGCAGCUGGACAAGGCGGUGUGGCAGUGGCUCAGCUGGGACAAGAACCAGAAGACGAAGGCGCAGAUCGAGAGGCUGCUGCAGGACGGGAAGCACCGGGAGCUGCGGGAGCGCCUGUGCUGCCGGCUGAGCUUCGGCACGGCCGGGCUGCGCUCGGCCAUGGGGGCGGGCUUCUGCUACAUCAACGACCUCACCGUCAUCCAGUCCACGCAGGGGAUCUACAAGUAUCUUGAGAGGAACUUUUCAGACUUUAAGCAGAGAGGCUUUGUUGUUGGAUAUGACACACGAGGUCAGGUCACCAGCAACUGCAGCAGUAAGAAGCUUGCAAAGCUCACUGCAGCAGUCCUGCUGGCAAAAGAUGUACCUGUGUACUUCUUCUCCACCUAUGUCCCUACCCCCUUCGUGCCCUAUGCCGUGCAGCAGCUGGGGGCUGUGGCUGGGGUGAUGAUCACGGCGUCCCACAACCGCAAGGAGGACAAUGGCUACAAGGUUUAUUGGGAAAAUGGAGCACAGAUCACCUCUCCUCAUGAUAAGGAAAUUAUAAAAUGUAUAGAAGAGUGUGUUGAACCAUGGAGUGGCUCCUGGAAUGAAAAUCUGGUAGACACCAGUCCCCUCAGGCAGGAUCCUCUGAAGAAAAUUUGUGACAGCUACAUGGAGGAUCUGACAAAGAUCUGCUAUCACAGGGAGCUGAACGUGCAGAGCAGUCUGAAGUUUGUGCACACCUCUUUCCAUGGAGUGGGACAUGACUACGUGCAGCUGGCUUUCCAGGCCUUUGGGUUUCAGCCCCCCAUCCCCGUGCCCGAGCAAAAAGAUCCAGACCCAGACUUCUCUACUGUCAAGUGCCCAAAUCCUGAGGAAGGAGAAUCUGUGCUGGAAUUGUCACUGAGGCUUGCAGAGAAAGAAGGUGCAAAAGUUGUAGUGGCCACUGAUCCAGAUGCAGAUCGACUGGCAGUGGCAGAGCAGCAGGAAAAUGGCUCCUGGAAGGUGUUCACGGGCAAUGAGCUGGCAGCCUUGUUUGGCUGGUGGAUGUUUUCCUGCUGGAAGGAGAACUGCUCCCCAGAUGCUGAUGUGAGGAAUGUUUACAUGCUGGCAACCACGGUGUCCUCCAAGAUUUUGAGGGCCAUUGCACUCAAAGAGGGAUUUCACUUUGAGGAAACACUCCCUGGUUUUAAAUGGAUUGGAAGCAGAGUAAAAAAUCUCCUAGAUAAUGGAAAAGAAGUUCUCUUUGCCUUUGAGGAGUCUAUUGGCUUCAUGUGUGGCACAUCAGUGCUGGAUAAGGAUGGAGUGAGUGCAGCUGUGGUCAUUGCUGAGAUGGCAACUUAUCUGCAGGGCCAGAGCCUGACCCUGGCACAGAAACUCCUUGGCAUUUAUGAAACGUAUGGCUAUCACAUAUCCAAGACUUCCUACUUCCUGUGCUACGAUCCUGCCACCAUCAAGAGGAUAUUUGAGAGGCUGAGGAACUGGGAUGGCCCUCAGUGCUACCCCCAGUGCUGUGGGGUUUACAGCAUCCUACACGUGAGAGAUGUCACCACGGGCUACGACAGCAGCCAGCCCGACCAGCAGUCUGUGCUGCCAGUGAGCAGGAGCAGCCAGAUGAUCACCUUCACCUUCCAGAACGGCUGCGUGGCCACGCUGCGCACCAGCGGCACCGAGCCCAAGAUCAAGUACUACGCCGAGAUGUGUGCACUGCCCGGCCACAGUGACAGGGCUGUGCUGGAAGAAGAGCUCCAGAGGCUGGUGGAGGCUCUGGUUGAGAAUUUCCUGGAGCCUGCCAAGAACGGGCUGACCUGGCGCUCUGCGUAGAGCCCCGGGAGCAGGAGUGGAACAAAGGACCCAGGAGCAGAACCAGUCUGUCUUUGUGUGUGUCUGUGUGUGUCAAACAGCUGCAUUCUUUCCCUGUGAAGAAGAAGCAUUCUUUUGUCAGGCUUUUCACCAAAUUGGGAUAAGGAGAGGAGGUCAGAGGAAAGGGUAGAACUUAUCGUUGUGGUUGUCAGUCCUUUUGACCAAAAGUUAGAUUAGACCACACCAAUGCAAGUCAACUGCCCUAGUACCUUUGAGGCAGCUGAGCUUGGCUGCUACAUCUUGUCUUAAGCUCAGUUCAGGUACCUGAAACACCUCUUUUUGGAGUGUGGAAAGGUUUUGAAGUUUUAAAGGAGUGAUCACUCCGAACUGGCAACGAAGGCUGCUUCUUCCCCGCAGCUGAGACCUUCUGUGUGCAGGUCUGCUCUUCCAAAAGCAGCAAAGCAGAGCUCAGCGUUUCUUGUUCAGCAAAUUGUUGACAUUUUUCAGCUACUUAACAAUUCUUCUGUUGGUAAAGGUGUUCUUGGGCGUUGUAGCUUUCCUCUGUGUGUCUUAAAGCAAUUGGCAGUGAAACAAUAGUGCAACAGCUGCAGCUUGGGGCUGGAGUUGCCUGGUGCCUCUCCAAGGCUUCCAGAGGAGCAGGAAUUGCUCCUUCCUUGGUGAAAUGGCCCCUUCUGACUACCACAGGCUCUGCAGCUACUUUUUGUCCCAUGUCUCUGAAGGGUCUUAAGCUUCCUCGUUUUUCUGUAUUCAUUGCUUUGAAUGACAAUGCCAGUCAGUGACUUUUUGGUUUUUGCUGGCCUGAAUUCAUUUUGUCUGUAUAUUAUAGAAAAAAAAAGGCAAGGAAGAAAGUGGAGAUGAAAAACUGGCACAGUUACUAAAUUGAGAUUUUAAAAAUACUUUUUGGUUGUGUCCUGUCAGGUAAUUUGUUAAAAUAGCACUUUGCAAAUACUAUAAUUCUUUAAGGUUGAAUUGUUAACAGCUUCUCUUACUUGUUUUCUCCUUUUGCUCAAGUAGCAAGUGAGAGUGCUAAUCACAUUUUCCAAAAAAGCCCAAACCAGUACUCAAGUUCUCCUUCUGGUUUAUUGUAUUUUGGGCAAUAAAGGCAGUGUUCUGGCACAGGGGAGCUGGUUCUGGACAGCUCCCUGCUGUCACUGGCAGCAAGCACAGAGAAGUAGCAGCAGUUGAGUGCUGGGUUUUAUCUGUGUUGGAGGUGAUGGGCGAAGCUCUGGAGUUCAGGCUGUUGUUUUGCUGCUGUUGUUGCCUCUCCAAAUUCAUGCUCCCUCUGGUGAUGCCACAGGAUGGCACAGGGUAGGUUAGUGUGUUGCCUCUCCAUGGCUUCAGAGAGCCCUGAGCUUUUUGGGUUUCCUGCUGCCAGCAGCUUUGCACUAUAUCCAUGGAGAAGUAUUUCAGUGUCUGUGAACGUGUGUGUGCUAGAGAAGCUCUGUGUUGCACAAAUUCUGACCUGUCACUGCUAUUUAUUUAUUUUUUUAUUUUGAGAGAGUAUCUCUGAAUUGUUCUGCCAUUGAGUGAAAUGUAUCUAAUGCCAAAAGCUUGGGUUUCUUUACCUUGAUUGUACAUUUGACUGACACGGUGGGGAAAGCAGGUAAACCCAGUCGCACUCAGAGGAUGCUUUUGUUGUUGUCUGUGCUGGGCAGGGCUGGGAGGGUGUUUCUGACUGCUGCUUUGCCUUCAGCUCCCCAGAAAGGGUGCAGAUCUGCACCACCACUGCACUGAACCUGAGGGAGCUCUUGCCAUUCCUUCCACUGGCAGCAGAUUGAACCCUGAGGCACUGAGGAUUUCCUUCUCCAAGUAGUGAAGAACACGAGUGACUUGGG